CUCAUUUACGCUUYAAAAUACAAGUUUUCUUUAGCCAAUUAUAGAAGUUUGUCAAUAACAAAAUGUUUCGCUCUAGUUUUGACAAAAAUCUGGAGAAUGCGACGAGCCACUUGCGUCUGGAGCCAGAUUGGCCCUCAAUUCUGCUUAUUUGCGAUGAAAUCAAUCAAAAAGACGUCACACCAAAAAAUGCCUUUGCAGCGAUUAAGAAGAAAAUGAAUUCACCAAAUCCACACUCGGCCUGCUAUUCGCUGCUGGUGCUCGAGAGCAUUGUCAAGAACUGUGGAGCACCCGUGCACGAAGAGGUCUUCACCAAGGAGAACUGCGAAAUGUUUAGCAGCUUCCUAGAACAAACGCCACAUGAGAAUGUGCGGCAAAAAAUGCUGGAGCUUGUGCAGACAUGGGCCUAUGCUUUUCGCUCGUCGGACAAAUAUCAGGCAAUUAAGGAUACUAUGACCAUACUGAAGGCCAAGGGGCACACCUUUCCGGAGCUAAAGGAAGCGGAUGCGAUGUUCACUGCCGAUACGGCUCCCAACUGGGCCGAUGGCAGGGUGUGCCAUCGGUGUCGCGUUGAAUUCACGUUCACCAAUCGCAAGCAUCAUUGCCGCAACUGUGGCCAGGUGUUCUGCGGCCAGUGCACGGCCAAGCAGUGCCCGUUGCCCAAAUACGGCAUUGAGAAGGAUGUGCGUGUGUGCGAUGGCUGCUUUAUGGCACUACAACGCCCAGCGGGCGCCAAGUCGAGUGCGCGUGGUUCGGCGGACAGCGAUUUGCCAGCGGAAUAUCUGAAUAGCUCGCUCUCCCAGCAGGUUCAGACACCUGCACGCAAAAGCGAGCAAGAGCUGAAAGAGGAGGAGGAACUGCAACUGGCCUUGGCACUUAGUCAGUCCGAGGCGGAGCAUAAGAAGCAGCCGUCAUCGGUCGCCAACUAUCGCUUGCAGCAGCGUUCGCCCAGUCCAGAGCCAAUACAGCAGCAGCUGCCAGCCCAGCAGCAGCAGCAGCAGGAGGAAAGCAACCCAGAGUUGGCCAAAUAUUUGAACCGCAGCUAUUGGGAGCAGCGCAAAAUUAGCGAAUCCUCAUCGAUGGCCAGUCCAUCGGCACCCAGUCCGAUGCCGCCCACUCCACAGCCACAGCAGCAACAGCUGCUACAAACGUUGCCCUUGUCAAAGAACGCCGACGAGGUGCAAAUUGAUGAAUUCGCUGCCAAUAUGCGCACGCAGGUGGAGAUCUUUGUUAAUCGCAUGAAGUCGAAUUCGAGCCGCGGACGCAGCAUCUCCAAUGACUCCUCGGUGCAAACUCUGUUCAUGACGCUCACUUCACUGCACUCCCAACAGCUGACCUAUAUCAAGGAAAUGGACGACAAGCGUAUGUGGUACGAGCAGCUGCAGGAUAAGCUGGCCCAGAUUAAGGAUUCGCGCGCAGCGCUCGAUGUGCUGCGACAGGAGCAUGUGGAGAAGCUGCGUCGCAUUGCGGAGGAACAGGAGCGACAGCGUCAACUGCAAAUGGCCCAAAAGCUGGAGAUUAUGCGCAAGAAGAAGCAGGAAUACCUGCAAUAUCAACGCCAGCUCGCGUUGCAACGCAUCCAGGAACAGGAGCGUGAAAUGCAACUGCGCCAGGAGCAACAGAAGGCCCAAUAUUUGAUGGGGCAAUCUUCGCCCUUUCCCUAUCUGCCACCCUCCGCAGUGGCUCCACACGGCUCGCCCUCGCAUCAGUUGAACAACGUUUAUAAUCCCUAUGUAGCUGCCCCUGGCUAUGCACCACCCAAUGGUCAGUUUGCAGGCGGUAUUCCGCCGCCAGGCAUGUACAAUCCCGCCAUGGCACAGCCACCGCCAGCUCAGGGCAUGAUGAUGCCGCCUCCUGGCAAUAUGAUGCCACAACAGCAGCCACUACCCGAAAAUGCUUACGCCAAUCCGACUCAGUCCAUGAUGUCACAGAUGCCUCCACAACAGCAGCAGCAGCCACAGCAAAUCCCAGGCCAACCACAAGCGCAGCAACAACCUCAGCCCAUUGCCCAGCCCCAAGCUCCACCGCAACCACAUCUGGGUCAUGUUAUGCUGCAGCAGCAGCAAAUUGUSCAAUCCCAUCCGCCAAUUCCAAAUGCCCAACUGCCACCGCAACAGGCACCACCACCACCCCAAGCAGCAGCACCAGCAGCAGCAGUAGCACCUCCACCACCGACCGCUGCUGCAGUGGAGCUUGCGAACACACAAGUUCAGGCUGUAGCCGCUGCGCCUGCUCCACCCCAGAACGAGCCCGAACCAGCUGCCCCGAGCAAAGCACCCGAGCCCGCGACUGCAGAGCUGAUCAGCUUUGAUUAAACCACCAUUGUUAUCGAUCCAUUAU